AUGUGGUAUCUAGACAAUGAAGCCAACAACCACAUAUGUGAAGACAAAGACAAGUUCAUAGAGCUUGAUGAAGUAAUUAGAGGAAAUAAUCCAAAGAUGUUUGAAGACUUCAAGCAAGCAAUGAUCAAGGAGUUUGAGAUGAUGAAUAUUGGUUUUAUGUUCUACUACUUAGGGAGUGAGAUCAAACAAGAAGAAGAUGGAAUCUUUGUAAGUCAAGAGAAGUUUGCAAGGGAUGUUCUCAUGAAGUUCAAGAUGGAGGAUUGUAUAAGAGUAAAUACUCCAGUUGAGUGUGGAGUAAAGAUGUCAAAGAAUGAUGAAGGAGAGAAGAUAAGCUCUAUAACAUUCAAGAGCUUAGUUGGGAGUUUGAGAUAUUUGACAUACACUCGUGUGGACAUUCUUUUUGGCGUAGGACUUGUGAGUAGAUUUAUGAAGACACCAGUUAUGACACACUUCAAAGCAUUGAAGCGAAUUCUUUGA